AUGCAGCGAGCAGCGCUCCCUCGAUUCCCUCUCAAGCUAGGACAUGAGACAUUUGACAGAGUCUGUAAUUACAUCCAAAAAGACCUCAAGUACGAAGGGCCCCUCGGCCCGAGCUGUGAUGACACAAAAUUAUUGAGCACCCUUCGCACAUACUGGGAUGCCUUGGCAAAAACAUACUACCUGGUGGGACACACCGGCAAGCCUAUCGUGGUUGCCAACCCAGAAGAGCUUGAGGCCCUCCUCAAAUCAGAGAUGCUAGAGAAAGCAACAAAGGUUUGUGUCUGGUGUGUUCAAAUCCCAAUGCCAAAGGCGAGCUCUAUCGUCACUCAUGUUUUGGCGAUCCCAAACUCAUGCGAUGCCGAGGAGCUUCAAGCUUAUUCAGACAAGAUUAUCUGUGGUCUGGUUCAGCGUGGGCUCAAGGUUAUAUCAUACACUUGCGACGGCACGGAGACAGAGCGCAAGGUACAGUGCUGUCUCAUCCGAGAUUCACCUUUCCACAUUACAUACACAAUCCAACACCCCAACCCAGCUGUUGAUUUCGAGGACAUGACCGUCAUCAUUGCGACUAGGGAGGCCCAGCCAAUCGUCAUGAUCCAGGACUCCAAACACGCUCUCAAGACAAUGCGUAACAAUAAUUUCAGCGGUGCCAAACUCCUUGUUCUAGGCAACACCACCGCAAAAUAUUCUGAUGUGCGUGAUGCAGCGUUUGGUCCAGGUAUUUCACCCCUCUACCCCCGCGAUGUCGAAAAUCUUGACUGCCAAGACGACAAUGCCGCAACUCGAUUAUUCUCUGCUUCCUCACUGGAGUACCUGGCAACACAUUUCCCUGACCAUGUCGGGGAAAUCGUCCAUCUAUUCAUAUUCGGAGAGCUCGUUGAUGCAUAUCAAAAUCGCAAAAUCAGCCACCUUUCACGCAUCAAAAUGGUCCUGCGCACUCAUUACUUCCUGGACAUAUGGGCACAGUUUCUAGAUAGAGCAGGCUAUGUGAAGUCGAAGCAUUUCAUCUCUCAUGAAGCUACUGAUAUUGUCCAGAUCAUCAUCGAAGGUCUCAUUGGCCUCGUUAUCAUCCACUGA